GCGGACGCGCACAAGGCACUCUCCCGAGCAGGCUACGAUCCUCGAUACUUUUGGGAACAACAAAUCGUAUGGGGCGACCAUGAUUCGUUCCAACAUGUGAACAAUGUCCGCUAUGUCCGGUUCUUCGAAUCAAGUCGUAUUCACUGGAUGAGGCAUCUUGGCUAUCAACUCGGUGGGCCAUCUGCCGCCGACUCUCUCAUUCGGGGUGAAGGCGUCUCUCUUAUCCUCAAAUCUAUUGAGGUGCGAUUUCGACGACCCGUUAUUUACCCGGACACCCUCAUGAUGGCGCACCGCCCUGUUCAACCAGAUGAAGGGCAAAGACCGGACCCGUCAGCUUUGAAUUUAGAAGCUUCGGCCUAUUCCCUCAGCCAACGUGCGUUUGUUACCCUUAGUAAAGAGGUCGUCGUUUGGUACGACUACAAUACGCUAAAGAAAUGCAUCCCGGAAGAUAGAUAUCUCCAAGCAGUGUGGCAUCCUAGUUCUAGUUAG